UUACUGAUUAGCUUUGAUUUGCAGUUUUCUGGCCACGUGAGCGAGUUUCAACGAAACAGACUCUGCGCUGGGAGAGAGAGGAGUUGGUCAGGAUGAGAAAGAAAGGAGAGGAACCUAAGAUGAUCAUAGAAGAGGAGCAGUUGCAGCUCCAAGGAUACAUGCUUUCAUAUUCAAAAUUGCUUCUCACAUGUCUGGCCGUUGUGCUCUCAGGAGGAUUGCUUUGGAUUUUAAUAGGUUGGAACAGACGAAUUUAUUUGAAAUGUACUCACAAGAAAUGUUCCGUAGAAAAAGCUUCCAAAAUUCUGCUUGUGGAUUCUCACAAUCAGUACUUCGUAGAAAUAGUCUGGAGGUCAAAUGACAAUUCAUUAAUUUAUUUUUACAAUAAAAAGAUGAAAUAUAUGUGGGAUCCAAAGCAAUUCCGUUUCAUCAAAAUUGGUGGACUGAAGAUAAAAAAUUGCUCAGAGUUUUAUGGCUAUGAAAAUGGUUUAUCGUCAAAUGAAGCCGCUUCUCUGUUAGCACAUCAUGGGAAAAAUUCCAUUGAUAUCGAAGUGAAGCCUAUUGUCACAUUAGUUCUAGCACAAGUGCGGAAUCCGUUUUAUUUAUAUCAAGCAUUCAUAGUGACUGUAUGGCUGUUACAGUUCUAUUACCAAUUUGCUAUUUGUGUGGUGAUACUAUCAGUCAUAUCUGUGUCUAUGACAGUGUGGGAAACACGAAAGCAAAGCAGAGCUCUGAGAGAUGCUAUGAGAUCACAUGCCAUUGUUACUGUUAUAAGAGAUGGAAAAGAAUUACAAAUUUCCUCUGAGGAUUUAGUUCCGGGAGAUGUGAUUUUGAUUCCAAAAUCUUACUUCACUAUGGUGUGUGACGCAGUGCUACUCUCUGGAACCUGUGUAAUGAAUGAAAGUAUGCUGACUGGAGAAAGUAUACCAGUAACCAAAGUGCAAAUCGAAAAGGAUAUCAAAGCAGAAUAUAAUUCGAUGACCCACAAGAGAUCGCUUUUGUCAUGCGGUACAGAACUCAUGAACUCUAGAGAUAUAGAUGGAACAGGCGUUAAAGCAGUAGUCUACAGAACAGGAUUUUCAACUGUGAAAGGAGAACUCGUCAGAUCGAUUCUUUUUCCGAAACCUGUUAAAAUCCAGCUCGAUUCUGAUUUAUUAAAAUGUAUGGGUAUUUUCUUUAUUUUAGGAAUCCCACCUUUGAUCUACGCAAUCAUCGUUGGAAUUAGACAAGAGGCUUAUGUAAGAGAUACGACCCUUUUUGUCCUGAACGUUAUAACAUUCUUUGUGCCGGCCGCUCUGCCAGCUGUCUUAACAAGCAUUAACGCACACGCCCAGAAGAGAUUACGUAAACAAGGUAUUUAUUGCCUGAAUUCCCGAUACAUUAGUCUCUGUGGAGGCUUAGAUGUUACCUGCUUUGAUAAGACGGGAACACUUACAGAAGAUAGCCUUGGACUUCAUACUUUGCUACCAGCAGAAAACGGAAAAUUUCAGCCACCAGUGAAAAAUAUUAGCAGCCUGCAAGACAAACUUCUGGUGAACUGUUUUGCCUCGUGUCACUCUUUAGCGAAAAUAGGAAAUGAAUUAUUUGGGUACGAUCUAGAUGUCAAGAUCUUCAAAGCCAUUGUAUGGGAUUUACAAGAACCCUCAAUUCAAGAUACAGUUCCUUUUGAAAAUAUUCCUCCGAGAUUAGUUUAUCCUAAUCCAGGCGGCCCCUUGAGUCAGGAAUUGAAAGCUAUAGCUCUCCUGAGGCAAUUUCCUUUUGAAUCAUCAUUGAGAAGAAUGAGCGUAGUCGUCAAAAUAGAAGGAAGUAACUGCUUUGAAGUCUUCUUGAAAGGAGCUCCAGAACUCGUAUGCUCGUUUAGUAGAAACGAAACUGUUCCUAAAAACAUAAAGGAUGUUCUGGAAUUUUACACAGGUCAAGGAUUUCGAGUUAUCGGAAUUGGUCACAGAACACUUCCAGAAAAUACCACAUGGAAAAUGGCUUUGGAAUUGCCCCGAGAAGAACUAGAGAAAGAUUUACAGUUCUUAGGAUUAAUAAUAUUGGAAAACAGCUUGAAACCAGAAACAAUACCAUCGCUGAAUGUAUUGCGGGAUGCUAAUAUAAGAUCAAUUAUGAUUACAGGUGAUAAUCUGUUGACAGCUAUUACUGUUGGUAGAAAAUGUGGUAUGAUCGGAGAACUGGAUAAGAUAAUUAAAGUUGAAGCAUCUAAAACUUCUACCUUGAAUGCGAAUUCCGAAACACAUCUGAAAAUUGAAUUCAAUUCUAUUAAUCUGCCUUUCCUGGCAGAAGAAAACCAGAAUGACAAAGCUGAAACUCGAGUAUUAGCAAGCUCCGAAACAACAUAUCAUUUCGCUAUGGAAGGAAGUUCUUUUGAAGCUCUUUGGAAUUUUAAUAAAAAUUUACUUGAUAAGAUUCUCCUUAACGGAACUGUAUUCGCUCGCAUGUUACCUGAUCAGAAACGUCACCUUAUCGAAGCUCUUCAAAAUCUUGACUAUCAAGUUGGCAUGUGCGGUGAUGGAGCAAACGAUUGCGGAGCACUGAAAGCAGCCCACACUGGUGUAUCGCUAUCUGUAGCCGAAGUAUCAGCUGCAGCUCCAUUUACCUCUUCUAAAUUUAAUAUCGAAUGCAUCCCCACUGUCAUCAGGGAAGGACGUGCAGCUUUAGUAUCCGUUUUCGACACUUUUCGAUAUAUGGUGUGUUACAGCUUUAUCUUCCUCAUUGCGGUUCUUUGGUUGUUUUGGGAUGGGCAGAGAUGUUCAGACGUUGCUUAUGUUUUAAUUGAUGUUAUUCUAAAUUUGACACCUCCUUUUUUAAUUGGUGCAACUUGGGCUUUUCCAAGGCUGGCAAAAAGGCCUCCAACCAGAAGUCUUGUCAGCAUCGUUCCGUUAUUUUCGAUUUUUUCAUUCAUCGCACUUCAAACAGCAAUCCAUUUGAUAGCUUACCAGUACUGCCUUUCGCAAUCUUGGUACGAACCAUUCAAAUUCGAUAAAGAAAAUGCCCUUGUUUCGGAUCCAUCAGAUUCUGGAACUACAAUACUGAAAAUGAAUAUGAUGUCUUACAUUGCUGCUUCUAUCAUAUUUGUCACAGGAGCACCUUAUAAAAGGCACUUUUUUUCAAACCAAAUAUAUGUUUGCAUUGUUUGUGCAGAAUUUGCCUUAGCAUCUUAUUUAAUCCUAGAUCCCGCGGAAGCACUGAUGAAUUACCUAAAUUUCAAAGCUGCACCUGACGGGAAUUUUCCUCUGAUAUUGUAUGCUAUUUGUUUGGGAAAUAUAGUAAUAUCAUUCAUAUGGGAGAAAUAUUUCGUCCAGCACUUGGUAGCAAAACACAUUGUACCACUUAUUGCCCGUUUAAGAGGACCUGUCCGAAAGUUUAAGAAAUUACAACAACUACAGACAAGCGAAGAAUGGCCGCCUCUAAUUAACGAUAAAG